AUGCACUUCUUUCGCUUGCGACCAGGAAUCCUUCGCCAUGGCAAACUUCUUAUGGGACUCGGUGCUGGUGCUGCCAUCUCUUUGAAUAGCAUGGGUUUGACCAAUGAGCCAGACGCUUCCUUCUUUAAAAAAGGAUUCUCUAAAGAAUUGAGUCAUCGUUCGCUCGGUGAUCUCGCCCGUGGUCUCUUUGUCUACGAAAUUUGUUCUCGAGGUUGGUUGGUAAAGACCUCAAUUUCCGCCAUGACUCUAUGCGAUACCCUUCAUCUUUCGUUUCUCUAUGCCCCUUUUUGCCGUCGUACUUUUUACCGUCAUUUCUGCGGAGGUGAAACUCCCACUGCUCUCAUUCAAAACAUGCAAUCGCUUCAAGCUUCUGGAAUCACUCCUUGCCUCAAUUCUUCUCGUGAAAUCGAUCUUCCUAGCGACAUUGAUCCUCGUCAAUUUGCUUCCACAGUCAAUUCGGUCCCCCAAAACAUCAACAUCCCUGCUCCAGACGUUCAGCAAAAAAUGCAAAAUAUUGCCCAAGAAGCUUUCGACUCUUAUCUGUACAGUAUCGACUUGGCCUCCAAGAUCGAAAACUCUUCUUGUGCUAUCAAGUUAACCCCAUUCAUUAACCCCCUAGUCUUGUUCCGCUUCAAUGCUAUCUUGAAUAAUUCUGCCAACCAACCUGCUGCUAACUUUUCCGAGGUGUUGAACGGUAGCCCUUCGUUUUCUUCCUAUGAACAGGAUGAGCUCCAGCGCUUCUGGUCCUUUUCUGAAAAACUUUGCGAAUAUGCCCAACAAAAGGGUGUUCUUUUAUUCAUUGAUGCCGAACAAACUUACUUCCAAGAUACCAUCCAUUCCAUUUCUUUGGACUUGAUGAAGAAAUUCAACCAGCAAGAAGCCAUCGUGCAUAACACUUAUCAACUUUACCUGAAAAAGACCAGAGGAGUCUUGAACGAGCAUAUGAGACAGAGCGCUCUCGAAAAUUGGUUGAUGGGUGCAAAGAUUGUACGAGGUGCCUACAUUAAUUCAGAACCCCGUCAUUUGAUCCAUGACAAGAAAGAGGACACCGACCGCGAUUAUGAUGCUGCUAUGGAGUCUUUGUUUUUAGGCGCUUCUAGAGCAGCUCCUGGGAACAACAAGGCUUCUUUAAUUCCUUCGAAAUCACGCCAAGGUAAAUGGGGUAUUAUGAUUGCUACCCACAACAAGUCUUCUAUUUGCAAAGUCUUGGACCUCUUGGAGAAAAAGAAGAUUAACACCAGCAAGACCUCUUUGUAUUUAGCUCAAUUGUUGGGAAUGUCGGAUGAUAUUACUUAUGCACUUACAGCUUACCCAAGAUCUGAAGUCCCUGAAUUCCAUAUUGCCAAGUAUGUCUCUUGGGGACCUAUCUAUCAAGUACUUCCUUAUUUGGUUCGACGUGCUCGUGAAAACAUUGGCGCUCUCGAGCGAUCGACAGACGAAAGAGCUUAUUACCGUCAAGAGAUGAGAAGACGCUUACAUUUUUAA